CUAUCAUCUAGUCUGUUUAAAAAAACAAAAACAAAUUUUGCUUGCGCUCGUGAAAAACUUUAUAAUCAAUCUACAAGAAUGGCUUCUGAUGGUGAGGAUAUGAACAUGACGCCUACAGAAAGUGAGGUUUCUGCAGCUGAGACUGAAAAUGAGUCGGAGGAUAAUCUGCACAUAGACGCACAGUCAGAUGAGGAGACAGACGAAGAAAGCUUGGAAGUAGAAGAAGUGCCAGUGACCAGUGAAGAGGUGGAAAUGGAUGAGCUAUUAACUCAAUUAGAGGACUAUGCACCCACUAUGCCAGAUGCACUUACACUGAGCAUUAUGCAAGGUUGUGGCUUUGGUGCUGUCGAUCCGCGAAUAGUGCGUAUUGUGUCUGUAUGCGCCCAGAAGUUCAUCUCGGAUAUUGCCAAUGAUGCACUCCAGCACUGCAAGACACGUACCACUAACAUUCAACAUUCCAGUGGCCAUAGCUCCAACAAGGUGGACAAGAAGAAUCCCAAAGAUCGGAAGUACACACUGGCCAUGGAGGAUUUGUUACCAGCUUUGGCGGAUCAUGGUAUAACAAUGCGUAAACCGCAAUACUUUGUUUAGACAAUAGAUGAAAAUUGUAAACAAUAAAAGUAAACAUAAACAAGA